UAUAGGUUCAGAGGUCGUAAACACACGCCUACAUUAUUUUUCCCGCAUGGUGGACUGUCGUUGUUUAUUAUUGUUCUGCAAACCUAGUUAUAUACUAUGGUUAUAUAUGUGUAUGUGUAUGUUACUGUGUGGGGUUUUACGGCGUAAUUGUUGUCGUCUUUGAAACAAUGAAAUAGAUGUCAGACGUCACAACCUAUCCAUGAACGAAACUACUCUUGUAUUUGAGCUUGUUAGCUUGUUAUGUUAGCUAGCUUACAACGCUACUGGAGAGAAAUGAAGACCUCUAACGGUAACACCAGUAUCAUGGACAUGUUUGAAAAGGGAAAGGUCCUGAAAAUAUGUGCUCCAAUGGUUCGAUAUUCAAAGCUCGCAUUCAGGUCCUUGGUGAGGAAAUACAACUGUGAUAUCUGCUUCACACCAAUGAUAGUCGCUGCUGACUUUAUGCGAUCUGUCAAAGCCAGAGACAGUGAAUUCACUACCAAUGAGAGUGACCGGCCUCUAAUAGUGCAGUUUGCCUCCCAUGAUGCCCAGACUCUGGCUGAUGCAGCCUGUGUGGUAGCACCUUUCUCAGAUGGAGUUGACCUCAACUGUGGCUGUCCCCAGAGAUGGGCUAUGUCAGCAGGGUAUGGUGCAUGCCUCAUUAACAAGCCUGAACUUGUCAAAGACAUGGUCAGACAUAUCAGAAACCAAGUGGACAAUCCAAACUAUACAGCGUCCAUCAAAAUAAGAAUUCACAAGGACCUGAGGCGGACAGUGGAUCUUUGCCAGAAGGCUGAAUCAGCAGGUGCGUCAUGGAUAACAGUCCAUGGCCGCACAGCAGAAGAACGCCACCAGCCAGUUCAUUAUGAUGCCAUUAAGACAAUCAAAGACAGCGUAUCCAUCCCUGUCAUUGCUAAUGGGGACAUAAAGUACCUCCGUGAUGUGGAGUCGACUCACCAGCUUACUGGUGUCGAUGGCUUUGCUAAAAGAAUGACGCUGCAAUGGACUGCUGUGGCCCUCUUUCUUUACGUGGAGAUGGGCAUUCUUGCCCUCCUCUGUUUACCCUUCAUCUCAGCAAGGAGGUGGCAGAGUAUUUUCCAGCUGAGGAUCUGGAGCUGUGUUGCGAGAUUCUGGAACAGAGUGUUUUACACAAUGAUCAUAGUACUCAUUGUUCUCUUCAUUGAUGCAGUGCGAGAGGUGAGGAAAUAUUCAGCUAAAGAACUUGGCACAGAUGCCAAGCUGCAACCGAACAUGUUUGAUCACCUGCACAUGAAGCUUUUCAGAGCCCAGAGGAACCUCUACAUCUCUGGCUUCGCUGUCUUCCUCUGGCUGGUUAUGAAGCGAGUGGUCACGUUGAUUAACCAACUGGCAUCACUAUCUGGCACUACGGCUGCUCUUCAAGCGCAGGCUGAGAAUGCUAAUCAGGUUGCCAAGAAAUACAAAGAGGACAAAGAGCUGCUGGAACAGACGCUGAUGAAAAGCAAGGGUGAUAAGGCUGUCGCAGAGGGCAUGCAGCUGUUAAGAAAAGAAGUGGAGAAACUUGAAGAAGAACUGAAGACCUCAGGAGAUGCCCUGAAGAACUCCAACUUAGAGGCAGAUGCGAUGAAGAGGCAGAUGGAUGGCCUCGCCAGGGAGUACGAAAGACUGCUGAAAGAACAUCAGGAGCUCCAGAAUCUUCACGAUAGUGGAAACAAAAAGGACGACUAGUUAUUGUAAAAUCCUUCUUAAGUGUUUACACAGCAAAUCAGCUCAAUCCAGAGAGAGCCACUGCCACACAUGCUUUACCUUCAUAUAACACCUUGUGUCAUAGUGCAAAUCAUAAAAACCAGGAUUGGCUCCUCUGAGA